AUGGUGCAGCAGCGAAUUUACACGGAUAUCGAAGAAGACACCGUUUAUUUGCAGCUUCUUCUCAUCACUGUCGCCUCAUUGGUUUUAGUCGUUUUUGUUGUCUCCAUCAUUUUUUCUUGCUGGUGGAUUAAGAGUCGUCAGGAAAGUUUGGAACCUGUUUCGUGCUACGUAGAUGCAUCAGAAAAGCCGGAAUAUACAGAAGAUUGUCGCCUCGAUGGCAAUGAUACGGUGAAUGUUGACGGUGAAAUUGAACUAAUUUCACUGGGGCAAAACAUUUUCAACUCAUGUGAAGAUGCCGUUAAGAAUAAGCUUACAGGUGGGGAAUACACCACUUUCACAGCGUUGUCUGGCUCAAAGGAAGGUGCAGACGAGGUGAAGGGAAAAGAAAGCGAUGUGGACGGAGCUAAACGUUUGACGGAAGCCAAUGCUACUCUGCCGGGGACGACGCACACCCUUCCACGAUACAGCAUCGCGGGAAACAAUGGAACAGGAAGUAGCAAUGCUGCGGUUAUUGGAAUUCCACCCUCUAUCAUUUCAUCCACAGUGGCUUCGACUGUGAAUACGUUCGGCGCGUCGCUACCACGGAUGUCUGGUGUGGAGAGAGUUGGAAUGACGGGUCUGAAGAUGGGACACUCCUCUACAACAGGAAGGACUCGUCAUGUGGCGAAGGAGUUCCUGGACGAAUCAGUAUUGAAUACUGCUGCUCGAAAAUUGAAGGGGUCCAACGAACAGGCAAUGAGGCGUCCACCGCUGUCGAAUAUCGUAUCGACUGCUACUACUGGCACACCGCCGCAACAGGUCAUUCUUCUGCCGACCGCCUCUACAGGAACAGCUGGAGGUGAACAGGCGUUCCUGCUGGCGUCAACUGCGGCCAUGCUUACUGUCAGGCGAGUGGAUGGAUGGAAUGUAUCCAUGCCUCUUGCCUGCAGGGUCGAGGUAUACAUAAUGAUCAUUGCAAAUGUUCGACGGGCAAGACUUUGGCUUUAG